AAACACAUUCUCAUUGGGUUUCCUUGUUUGUGACCACGCCUUCUUUUUCAUGUUAGGUUGACGUUAAUCGAAUUCUGUUCUCCCUCCAAACCAACCAAAAAAGAGGGUCGUUCGCUGCUGGCUUUGCGGAGUGGUGGAUUCUGUAACCGUGUAAAGGUGUGUCUGGGAUAACCACAUCACCAGCUCGCUUUUCACUUCUACGAUCCGUCCUGUAGUCCGUUUCUUCGCUCGUGUUCUCUUCUUUAUUGGACUGCCGUAGACUUCACUUCAUGGAUAACAUGGAGCUGAUCCAGAAGGCCAAGCUGGCAGAGCAGGCCGAGCGCUACGACGACAUGGCGGCGUCCAUGAAGGCAGUGACUGAGCAUGGAGCCGAGCUCAGUAACGAGGAGAGGAACCUGCUUUCGGUCGCCUACAAAAACGUGGUCGGGGCCCGAAGAUCGGCGUGGAGAGUCAUCUCGAGCAUCGAGCAGAAGACUGAUGGCGGCGACAAGAAGCUUCAGAUGGUGAAGGAGUACAGAGAGAAAGUGGAGGCCGAGCUCCGUGAGAUCUGCCACGACGUGCUGGGGCUCCUGAGCAAAUAUUUGAUUGAGAACGCCUCUAAUGCUGAGAGUAAAGUCUUCUAUUUAAAGAUGAAGGGUGACUACUAUAGAUAUCUUGCAGAAGUUGCUUCUGGGGAUAAUAAGAAGGACACAAUAAGCAACUCGCAGAGUGCCUAUCAGGAUGCAUUUGACAUCAGUAAGAAGGAUAUGCAGCCCACACACCCUAUCCGCCUGGGUCUGGCUCUCAACUUCUCUGUCUUCUACUACGAGAUUCUCAACUCUCCUGAGCAGGCUUGUACUCUGGCUAAGCAGGCCUUUGAUGAAGCCAUUGCUGAGCUUGACACACUUAAUGAAGACUCGUACAAAGACAGCACACUCAUCAUGCAGCUACUUAGAGACAACCUCACAUUAUGGACCUCUGACAAUGCAGCAGAAGAGGGUGAAGGAGGGGAUGGAGAGAACUAAGACUCCAGCGUGUUAUCUUCACAGAUAAAAAAUAAAAAUAAAAAAAAAGGGAAAAAAGAAAAAUAAUAAUAAUAAAAAAAAACUUUUUACACAUCUCCAUUCCUUAUUGUUUCACUUACAAUUAUCUAGUCAUGUAAACCCAUGAUCAUUACCAAUGAGCCAUGUUUAUGAAAAUUCCUAUUGUCCUGUUAUUUUAAUCACCUGACUUGGUUAUGAUGAUAUUAAGUUUAAAUAACUUCUCCAUUCCUUGGUUUUGUGGUUUUGUCCGUUUUGCCUUUAUGUGCAGUGUCUGCUGUAGAAAAGUAUUAGCCUCAUGUGAUGUCAGCAGUCCAUUAAUUAUGAGACUAGUGUAUGGCCUCUGCAGAUUUUCUGAAUUAGACACAUCUAACAAGCGCCAAUAGUCUUGGGUAAGGCAGACGGGCUUUCUUCAAUAGCAAACUGUAAUUUGGCCACUUGUGCAAUUCAUGUUUGGUGAAGAUUAAACUCAUGGUGAAGAACGUUAAUGAUGGCUUGAACACUCCUUCACUUCAGUACUGUCAAGAUGAAAGGCUGCUGUUAAGUAGCUAAUCAGCUAGCACUAUUUAGCCUGGCAAUUCUCACUGGUUCUUUCAACCAAGGUUUCUCUUAAAUAUCAUGAUAAGACACUCCGUUCUAUUCAAUACCUUUUGCUUUUUGUUACUUUUUAAAGCAUGCCUGAGUCAAAAAGGUGCCACUGUAUUAAGAUUUACAAUAGAGUAAAAUAAGUAAAAAAGGUCAUGCAUGCCCAUCUUUCAGUAUUCACUGGUAUGGGAAGUACUGCAUACCCAUUAUUCCUGGGUUUGGUUAAAUAAUUUUUAUUGCAGGAUCUUUUGUCCAGUGAUGUUCGAUAGAUAUACAGACCACUAUUGUGUUUUUGCUGAGCGUUGAUUGUAGUCCCCCUCCAAAAGCCUUGUGAAAAUGUUCAAAUGCCUGAUGUAACAGCUAUGUAACAUGAAUUAAAAAGUGACAAUUUUAUAAACCAUA